AUGUUCUGUGUUCAGCCAUUUGUUGUGCCUGUACGUAGUCCACAGUUCAAAAGAGUGUUUGAUGUAACAGAUGCGAAAAUUUAUGCGCGUCCUUUAAGUGUUUACUAUAAUUAUGGACGUGAUACGGAAAUAUUGCAGAUAUUGUUCAAAUUGACCCGCUUAGAUGACUGAAACGUGCUGCAUGAUCCGUUCUUUAACCACGCCUUGCUAACCAGGAUAAAAAAGGCUUCGUAAACAUUACUAAUCAGUGAUCCACCUCGACACCACCAGGGAAGGUUGCCGUGUAGCUCCGUGUAGCCCUUUGAGGUAAAGUAUUCCUAUUCAGUCUUCUCAAUUUAGUUUAACUUUGAUAUUCAGAAAAAAAUUCUGUUUUAUUGAAAAGAAAGAAAUAUCAAAGCGUUAUUCAUGCAAUUUACAUUUAUUAGUCACCAUUCAGUCCUUUUCCCACGCUAGAACAAGUUUAAAUUCAACAAUAUGAUUUAGGAAAGGAGAAACAAUCAGAAAACAUGAAAACAAUGAAACCAUCCCCUGCUCAGUUAAGCCAGUCGUGGGGACUCCUACUUUUUCUCUCUUGUCUCCUUCUUCUAUCUUUUGUUUCAUUGUCUUAUUUGAUUUUGAAAUGUGUAUUUAAAAGCAUACAAUAGAACCCCGCAACUACAUGAACAUCAUAAUUCAAAGUUACAGAUUUCUGGGAAAAGCAAGGUUUGGACGGUUAAAAGCCGAAAUGAAAUGCACUUCCCACAAACAGACAAAUCUAAGCGACCUAAGUAGUGAACUCGUUUGCGAAGUGAGAUGCACUGACAAAUGCUCUUUUAUCUUCAUUUUCACUUUUAUUUUGAAGCUAUUGGAACAAAUUUCUUCACCCGGUUAUGCAGGCCGCUUGAUCCACGCGCAAUCCGCGUGCUGCACUUGCGACAAAAAUUAAUUAUAAACCUUCGCUAUACACGAGAAGUAAAUAAAGUCACAUGGUACUUAGGCCUCCUCCACACGUAUCCGGAUAUUUUUUUAAUCCCCUAAUUUUUCUUUGCGGAUACGGCUUCCGUCCACACGGCGUAGCGUAGCCGGUGAAUCCGGGCAUACGAAUAGGCGUUCUGCGUUCGGCGUUCCACAUUCAAAUUACUUUGACUAGAUUUGUGGAUCAGCUGUUUGGAUGAGUAUUGUCAAGAACCAUAACUCUUGGUAUUGUAUAUCAUUUCUCUCAGAUAUUCGUAUCACACCUUCUUCAAAUACUCUUAGUCUGAGACUACAAUUAUUCACAGUUUAACGAACACAAAUUUUUAAAGCGAAAAAUGAAAACAACUUACCUACUCAAAAGAAAAAAAAACAAAAAAAACAACAAAAAAAAAACACUCGCACAACUCUUUCCAACCCUUGUACUUAUCGUCAAUCGUGCACGAAAUAUCGCCUCCUGAUUGGCUAAAAAUGGUGACGCCAUAUUGGCUCUAGUCGGUUCACAAGUGAUAGUUCCGGCCUUGUGAUUGGCCCAAACCAAAGUCUCUAGGGAGUCUACAUCUUACAUUACACUUUUACACUUUUGCAGUACGAACGAGAAUUUUUCUACCUACAGCAAUACCUCGCGCAGUUCUAUAAUGCUGCCACCUCGCACGCCUCGUUUGCUCGAUCGUUGGCAAUAAUGUUGCAUACUUUGUUUUCUUUCAGUUUUGUUGAAAAUCAUUUUGUCGUCAAAAUAGACAGGAAGAUGACUCCUUUAUUUCUUGUUCUUCUUAGUCUUUUGGCUAUUGGCCAUGCAACAAGUAAGUUCAACAGAUGCAAUGUUUAAUUAACGAGUUGAAGUGUUUUAUGACGUGCAAAGUACGAGAUGCGGGCGAAUAUUUUUUUAAGCCUGAUAAAACACAAACUCCAAGCAGGAACCGCUCCAAGACAUUCUCCUUCCCAGCGUUCUCUCUGAAAACUUCCAGUCUAAAUGAUUGUAAAACAUUUACAUUAUAAUGAUGAUGAUGAUGACGAUGAUGAUGAUGAUGAUAAUAAUAAUAACAAUAGUAAAGUUGUAGGAUGUGACCUUUACCGGGAACUGGCUACCAGUUGAAAAGUGAGAGUAUAUACAUCAUAAUAAUAGUAUUAAUCUAUUUUUUACAGAGUCCUGUUUUGAAUUGUCGGGUGCCAACUGCUAUUAUAAACCUGAACCCUGCCCAGCACAUCUUGAAGAUUGCUCUAAGAAAUUUACUUGUUCGUUGUCAACCAACAAAUGCUGUUGCCCGAAGUCUGGCCCGCCGUCUGUGCCACCAUCUGGGCCGACCCGACCUAAACUAAGUUUGUAUUAUGUUCGCCAAUUUCUUUAAUAUAUAGAUUUAGCCAGAAGACGCAUUGAACUGCAUAAACUUUUCUUCACAAAUAGAUUUUUUAGAGAAACAUCCACUCGAUAAAUGCGUUGCUCAAGGCUCAGCAUCAUGCACUAUCCAAGCUUUUCACGGGAUCAUUUUUGGUUGAAAUUCAGGGGCGGAUCCAGAAAAUUCCGGAAAGGGGUGGCUGGGACACUUGCCCACUUGUCAUCUGAAGAGAUACUUUUUUUUUUCUGAAAAUUCUAUAACAAUAAUACAAAAUUUCAAAGAAAAAGGGGUGGCCGCGGCCUACUCGGCUCCUCGGCCCCUCGGCCCACUCCUAAAUCCGCCCUUGAAAUUAGGGAUCAUUUGCGGUACUGUUUCCGGCUUUUUCGCAAGCAAAACGUAACACGUUACUAACUUAUAACCACCACGAGAAGUGAUAAUGUUAAAAAACAAUUAGCACUUUUGUCCCGUAUUUUGGACCACCGUAGUAACGUGCCCGUAAGAAAGCCAUCUCAAGCGCUUUUCUGGCCCCGCGUGGCGAGUGCAAAAAGGGGAGGGAAGAAGGGUGGUGGGGAAGCGUGAGAGGGUGAUAACCCCUCCCUUUCCCCCUUCGUCUCCCACCCCUUCAGCGAGGCCUGCCACGCAUGCUCAGGCUAGGGCUCUUAAGAGUCUCUUAAUCUCCAAAAUAACUUAUAAUUAUAUCGUCAGUGGGAAUAAAAAUUUAUUUAAAUAAUAAUAAUAAAGUUUUAGGAUGUGACCUUUACCGGGAACUGGCUACCAGUUGAGAGUAUAUACAUCAUAAUAAUAGUAUUAAUCUAUUUUUUACAGGGUCCUGUUUUGAUUCUUCGGGUGCCAACUGCUAUUACAAACCUGAACCCUGCCCAGCACAUCUUGAAGAUUGCUCUAAGAAAUUUACUUGUUCGUUGUCAACCAACAAAUGCUGUUGCCCGAAGUCUGGGCCGCCGUCUGUGCCACCAUCUGGGCCGACCCCCCCGCCGACACCUAAGCCAAGUUUGUAUUAUGUUCGCCAAUUCCUUCAAUAUAUAGAUUUAGCCAGAAGAAGUACUGAACUGCAUAAAUUUUGCUUCACAAAUAGAUUUUUUAGAGAAACAUCCACUCGAUAAAUGCGUUGCUCAAGUACUCAGCAUCAUUCACUAUCCAAGCUUUUCACGGGAUCAUUUUUGGUUGAAAUUCAGGGGCGGAUCCAGAAAAUUCAGAAAGGGGUGGCUGGGACACUUGCCCACUUGUCAUCUGAAGAGAUACUUUUUAUUUUUCUGACAAUUCUAUAACAAUAAUACAAAAUUUCAAAGAAAAAGGGGUGACCGCGGCCUCCUCGGCCCCUCGGUCUCUCGGCCCACCCCUAAAUCCUCCUUUGAAAUUAGGGAUCAUUUGCGGUACUGUUCCCGACUUUUUCGCAAGCAAAACGUAACAAGUUACUAACAUAUAACCACCACGAGAAGUGAGAAUGUUAGAAAAAAUUAGCACUUUAUUGUCUCGUAUUUUGGACCACCGUAGUAACGUGCCCGUGAACGCUUUUCUGGCCCGGCGUGGCCGGUGCAAAAAAGGGGAGGGAAGGAGAGGGGCGGGGGAGCGUGAAAGGGCAAUAACCCCUCCCUUUCCCCCUUCGUCUCCCACCCCUUUAGCGAGGCCUGCCACGCAUGCUCAGGACUCUUAAGAGUCUCUUAAUCUCCAAAAUAGCUUAUCGUCAGUGGGAAUAAAAAUUUACGGGUGGUAUCCAUCGACACAACCCCCCGUUUUUCCUUCCUCUUCUACCUUGCAAGCAGAGGCUUAAAUUCUUCUUCUUGAUGGAGGGCUCUGUCCCAAUCGCGUCAAACCUUUGAAGCCGCUGCAGUAGCUUGAACUUCUAGACUAGUCAUUCUUGUUUUCUCUGGUUAAAACGCUUGCAACGUAGGACUUAGCUGAGCCCGCUGUACCUAGCGUAAGGCUUUUAAGCCUAAUUUCGAAACUGUAUCUUAACGACGUGCAGGGCAUUCUUAAAGAAGAUCUCAACCGAUUAAUGCAGAGGCUUUCUCGAGUACGCGUGUGUUUUUCGUUCGUGGUUCGUAAUUAAAGUAAGAGGUCUAGCGCUCAGGAGGCCGGAUUUCAAGUGACGGUGAUGAUCGAAGGAUUUGUUGGGGUUUGAAACUUUCAAUUCAGGGAUCUUUUUUGGGUAGGAAAAUUUGGCGAGUAUAUUUUUGGGCAGUUUGAUUCAAGUACGGCUUUUUAAGGGGUAUUUGAAAUAACUGAAGAUUCGUGUUAGUGCCCGCGUAUCUCGGCCG